CUGAGAGAAUCAAAUUAAUAUAUGUUCAAAAACUAAACGUGUGGGCCACUGAGCGAUGCCACAUGUUCCUUAAAAAAGGAGAGCGAACAGCCGGCAAUCCUCCUUUGACUUUUUAGAGAUUUGAAAUACAGCCUAGAAAGAACAGGAAAGACUGGAGGUUGGGAGGCCGAGUGUUUUCUUGUAUGAUUGAUUGUCUUGUUCGAUCGGUAUGGAAGCAGUGUUGGAUUCUGCCUCCCCGGCAACCUCCCCUCCGAGGAGUAAACAAAUGUAGAGGCGAAGAUAGGAAGGUUCGUCCGCACGGGUCUGGAACUAUGUAGGGUUUGCGGGGUUCUGAAUCUGUCUGCAGGAGUUGGUGCUGCAUGUUGGUCCAUCCCUUUUUUUCGUUUUCUUUUUCGGUGAGCCCACACACCAAGCUUCAACGCUACUACUUUGUUCUUUGCUCUGCUAUUAACAACACGCACCGACGAUCUUCCUUCAAAAGAUCAUCCGCACAGGAAACGUAAGUACUACGCAGAGAAACCCACUUUGAUCAGCCCCCACAACACUGUCGAGUAUUCUCUGUGUUUCUUGCCUUGCUGCUGCAUUUUGUUAUGGCCUUCCUCAAGUGCCUUGGAUUGAAGAUUAGACGCAGACCGGCCAGUUGUGCGAUUGUUGAUCAUCAGGACCCAGAUGAGAACCGGGCUGCCAAUGGGCACGAGCUUGAUGAUGAAAAUCGGAAGGAUUACGGUUCCAUUCGGAGAUUCAAUUGGGACGACAUCAAGAGAUUCACCAUGAACUUCUCCGAGGUGAUUGGAUCGGGAGGGUUCAGCACUGUAUAUCUGGCUCACUUCCCGGCCGGCUCGAGUCUGGGACUGGGGCUGGGGGCAAUUAAGAUCCAUUUUGGCAGCGAGCGCCUCAACCAAUUAUUCAAGCAGGAGCUAGACAUCCUGCUCCGUCUUCGCCAUGAAAAUAUCGUCAAGUUUAUUGGCUACUGUGAUGACGGAGAGCAAGGGGCCAUGGUAUUUGAGCAUGCGGCAAACGGAAGCUUGCAGGAAAAGCUCCAUGGCACAGAAAGGGAAUCACCUGUGCUUUCGUGGAGAAGACGCAUGAUAAUAGCAUUCCAGCUUGCGCAAGCACUGCAAUAUUUGCACGACCAAUGUACCCCCCAGAUCGUACACGGCGACAUCAAGGGUUCAAACAUCCUGCUGGACGAGCACCUCAACUGCAAGCUCUGCGAUUUCGGGUCUGCAAAGAUGGGGUUUUCUUCGACGGUGCUACCGCCUUCAUCUUCUCCAUAUUCUUCGUCUCCCAUGAGGAGGAAGCAUUUGAUGAUGGGUUCCCCCGGUUACACUGAUCCACAUUACCUGAAAACGGGAAUAGCCUCGAAGAAGAACGAUGUUUACAGCUUCGGAGUCGUCCUCCUGGAACUUGUGACGGGGAUGGAGGCAUUCUGCUCGGAAAGGGGGCAGCUCUUGACAUCCAUAGUCAGACCCUUGCUGAAGGACGUCCGCACGUUGGGAGCUACGGAGGUAGCAGAAAUGGUGGAUCCGCGGCUGGCCGAGGACUAUGAACCGGAAGAAGCCAAGGCCAUGCUUUCCAUCUCGGCACUUUGCCUUUGCCAGUCGCCCGUACUCAGGCCUUCUGCCAAAUUCAUCUUGAAAAGUCUUCGGGAGAAUAUAUCUUAUAUCUCCAGCUUAUUCUCGCCGGAGAAGCUUGGUUCCCUAAAGACCCGUAGACUCUAGUCUAUGUAAAUAAGUAAGUCCUUAAUCGAUGAGGAUGAUCGAACAUCGGG